AAAAAUUGUUCACUGUGUUUAUCUUCUUUCUACAACUCUAAGAAGCUUCGAUUCUUAAUUCUGUUUAUCGAUUUGAAUUCCUUGUUUCUUUUUCCCAACCGUUAGCUAAUUGUGCUAGAUCCAUUUUUCUGGUGAUUGAUGCAACUUUUGGAGCUCGAUUCUUCGUUAUAGGAUUUGAUUAUUCGAAGCAGAGUUGGUGUGAUGAAUGUUAACGAGGAGGGGGAGGGUUCACGUUACCCAAUCACUGAUCGAAAAAACGGAGAGACGAAAUUCGAUAGGGUUGAGAGUCGGACAGAGAAGCAUAGUGAAGAAGAGAAAGUCAAUGGAAUCACUAUGGAUGUGAGAAAUGGGAGUUCUGGGGCUGGGCAAGGCUCAGGUGGACUUCAAAUUCCGUUGUCGCAACAAACAGCGGCAACUGUCUGUUGGGAAAGGUUUCUUCAUGUGCGAACAAUUAGAGUUCUGCUUGUGGAAAAUGAUGACUGCACUCGUUAUAUUGUUACUGCACUUCUUCGCAAUUGUAGCUAUGAAGUUGUUGAGGCUUCAAAUGGGAUACAAGCUUGGAAGGUGUUAGAAGAUCUAAACAAUCAUAUUGAUAUUGUGCUAACAGAGGUGAUCAUGCCUUACUUAUCUGGUAUCGGUCUCUUGAGCAAGAUUUUGAGCCACAAAUCUCGUCGGAACAUCCCUGUCAUCAUGAUGUCAUCUCAUGACUCAAUGGGGCUGGUCUUUAAGUGCUUAUCGAAAGGAGCAGUUGACUUUCUUGUUAAGCCAAUAAGAAAAAACGAGCUUAAGAUCCUUUGGCAGCAUGUUUGGAGAAGAUGCCAAAGUUCAAGCGGUAGUGGAAGUGAGAGCGGAACGCAUCAAACUCAAAAGUCUGUGAAAUCAAAGAGUAUUAGAAAAUCUGAUCACGAUUCGGGAAGCAGUGGUGAGAAUGAAAAUGGGAGCAUUGGCCUGAAUGCUAGUGAUGGAAGUAGCGAUGGGAGUGGCGCUCAGAGCUCUUGGACGAAAAAAGCUGUGGAGGUUGAUGACAGUCCACGAGCGGUAUCUCUAUGGGAUCGAGUCGAUAGCACUUGCGCCCAAGUGGUACAUUCUAACCCUGAGUUCCCAAGUAAUCAGUUGGUUGCACCACCUGCUGAGAAGGAGACUCAAGAACAGGAUGAUAAAUUUGAAGAUGUCACAAUGGGUAGAGACUUGGAGAUUAGCAUUCGUAGAAAUUGUGAUCUGGCGCUGGAGCCAAAAGAUGAACCCCUAUCUAAAACUACUGGCAUUAUGAGACAGGGUAAUUCAUUUGAAAAGAGCUCUAGUAAAUGGAAAAUGAAAGUUGGAAAAGGACCAGUGGACCUCAGCAGCGAAAGUCCUUCAAGUAAACAAAUGCAUGAAGAUGGAGGCUCGGGUUUUAAAGCCAUGUCUAGCCACCUUCAAGAUAACAGAGAACCCGAGGCGCUUAACACUCACUUGAAAACUUUAGAUACAAAUGAAACUUCUGUCAAAAAUUCCGAAGAGCUAAUUCACAUGGAACAUAGUUCAAAGAGGCAUAGAGGAACUAAAGAUGAUGGGACACUAGUUAGGGAUGACCGGAAUGUGCUGAGGCGUUCAGAGGGCUCAGCUUUUUCAAGGUAUAAUCCAGCCUCAAAUGCCAAUAAGCUUUCUGGCGGGAACUUAGGAAGCAAUUCGCUUCAUGAUAAUAAUAGCCAGGAUCUUAUAAAAAAGACUGAAGCUGCAUGUGAUUGUCACUCAAACAUGAAUGAGAGUCUCCCCAAUAAUCACCGCUCACAUGUCGGUAGCAAUAACUUUGAUAUGAGUUCCACGACUGAGAACAAUGCUUUCACAAAACCAGGAGCUCCAAAAGUAAGUUCAGCAGGAUCUUCAUCAGUCAAGCAUUCAUCGUUUCAGCCUUUACCAUGUGAUCAUCAUAAUAAUCAUGCCUCCUAUAAUCUUGUCCAUGUCGCUGAGAGGAAGCUACCGCCACAAUGUGGAUCCUCAAAUGUGUACAACGAAACGAUUGAAGGUAACAACAACACAGUGAAUUACAGUGUGAAUGGUAGUGUAUCAGGUAGUGGUCAUGGGAGCAAUGGGCCAUAUGGAAGCAGCAAUGGUAUGAAUACUGGAGGAAUGAAUAUGGGAAGUGAUAACGGUGCUGGCAAAAAUGGAAAUGGUGAUGGUAGUGGAAGCGGAAGCGGAAGUGGUAGCGGAAACUUGGCGGAUGAAAAUAAGAUCUCUCAAAGGGAAGCUGCUUUGACAAAGUUCCGUCAGAAGAGAAAAGAAAGGUGCUUCAGAAAGAAGGUACGAUACCAAAGCCGGAAAAAACUAGCGGAACAACGACCUCGUGUCCGUGGCCAAUUCGUCCGUAAAAUAGCCGCUGCAACGGAUGAUAACGACAUAAAAAACAUUGAGGAUAGCUAACGGAAAAUCUACAAAACCAACUCUAUCUCAGCCCAAAUACAUGAGUAAUGUGCUCAUCAUCUAUCUUAUCUAUCUAUCACAUGUUUAACAUUUCCCCUUCAAAGUCUGAUUCUUUGAUAAUACCACUAUUCACGAAACGAAGACACUAGGACAUUUGAUUGUUUGUUAUUAUCGUUGUCUGGUCUGGUUUAUGAAUUUAGGAGGAAGGGUUUGGUUUCAUGAGUACAACCACCAGGAUAUACAGUGAAAGCUUUGUAGAUGUUGUAAACUUGUAAAACAAUAACCCCUUGUUUGUAUAUUUUUGUAUAAGCUUGCUUUUGGAGCCGAGCACAAUACGGUGUCGUAUUUGUAUCAACAUUAUCUCUCUUUCAAUAUCAUUAGAGCUUAUUAUCCGUAAAUAGAGAUUUUACUAGAAUAAAACUGUUAGUUUCAU